GUUUGCUCCUUCUUUCUUCUUCCUCUGAGGUUUUAUAGUCAGGUGAGAGAUGGGAUGUGGGAAUUCCUCACCAGCCGCCACCACCACCACCACCAACAGCAGCAGCAGCUCUGCAGGUCGAGCUGAGCCUUCAAAGGUAUCAGACGAGUCUGCGCCAGAGGACGACAAAUGGAAGAACUAUGGAGGUGUGUAUGUGGGUUUUCCCUCGGACCUGAGCAACAUUCCUCAAGUACAGAUAGGAUCACUCAGAGAGACUGAGGGAGACUCGGCGUCCCUCAGGAAGCCGCUGUGGGGGAAAGGACUUUAAUGAAGAGCCAGGUGCUACAGAAGAGUAAUUUGGCAGAAAGCUUCCAGGCCUUGUCUGGUCCUCAGUGUUGUCAUCAGGAAGCCACCGAGUCUCAAAUGGGAAACGGCAGCACCCAGUGGAGCCAAUCUCCUCUCUCAGCAUCCCUCCAAAGGACUUUAAUGGGAUCUGCUCCACCUGGUUUAACUGACUGAGGAGUUUUAGACUUUUGUGCUUUUACGGAAGCACAUGUCAGCCUGGACUGAGCCUUAUGAAAGGGACACAAAGGCUUUUUGCAUGAAGAGGCUGCAGGUUUUUGCUCCAACCCAUGGAGGAUUCCACUGGGCACGCUUCAUUUGGCCUAAGCAGCUUGCUGCACCUUGUGCAGCUGCUCAAUCAAGUGCCAGCAGCAGGUGUUACAGUGAAUGUGUAUCAUAAUUAGCACAAAAUGGCAGAUAGGGAGACUGAAGCUGGGCUGCAGCUCUCCUCUGUGAGGGUGAAAUGUAGUCUACUAAUUUAAGGUAUGUAAAUGGUGAAUAUAAAUUAGGAUGACAUGCAAAAAACAUUAAAGGGUAAAUUUGUUUUGCGUAAUGUUUCCUAAACUACAACUACAGUUUCCAGCUGAUUAUUUUGCCUGGUGCUUUGACACUGCCUAUGAUGCAAACUCUGUUCAAAUUCAGCC